AUGGCAGAAUCCGGCACCAGCUUGCUCAACAACAAACUUCAAACAGUCAGAAUCGCAGUCGAGUUCCAACUGCAACAGUUUCUGUGUAGCACCAGACGUCUGGCCCUUGUACCAGAGUCCGUGCUUUCUGGAUUGGUACACUCCGGUACCGGUCUUGAUGGCCUCGGAAAUGGACUUCUUGGAAGAGUAAACCAGACCAAGCGCCUGAUUUCUGCUGUCGGUCACCAGCGUUGUCUUGAUGAUGGCGGUGUAUCCCUUGGCGAUCUCAGCAACCGGGUCGCUGAACGUUCCAAAAACUCUUCGCUUGCCGACCUUGACGCUGGUUGCGCCGCUCACACUGAUAUCCUGGCUAUCGCCAGAGCCAUUCUUGAUAACCAGACGGGCAUUAGGAAUUCUGGUCUGAAUGGCCGAGCCAACAGACUCAUCAACGAAGAUCCCGUGAACACCGUUGUUGAGCAAGGUCAACACCCCGUCAACGAGUUCCUCACUCAAAUCGGAGUCGGAUUUGACUGCCCAGUCAACAUAGAUCUUGCCCAAGAACUGCUUCACAACAGCAACGAUCGAGCUAACAUCCGCCACAGACGUAAAUGGCACAAGAGCCUCGCCGACGAACGGAACACUCAACGGGUAUAUACACUAGUUGUUGAACAGGAACUGCAUGUCGGCGGUGGACAACCGGUUGGCGGCGUUCUCGUCACGGUCGAGUGUGGCCUUGACCAUGUCUGCCUUUUUCUCCUGCAGCUCGAUGAUCCGGGACUCGAUACUAUCCUCGAUGACCAACUUGAUGAUUCUAAUUGGACGGUGCUGUCCGAUUCUGUGGAUUCUGUCUGCGGCCUGGCCGGUGUCCAGUGCCGGGUUCCACCAACUGUCCAGAAUGAACACCUGGUUGGCCUCCACCAGACCAAUGUGACAGACCGGACACUCGAGCUUCUUGUUGUCCCCGUUGAACGAGUCCACAUACUCGGUGAUACAGAUCCGGCAGAACUUGUGGUGGCACUUGGACUCGAUCGGCUCCUCGGCCUCGUCGUCACAGAGCUGGCAGAUAAUUGCGCCUGUCUGGGCAACACCCUUGGGCAGGUUUUUGUAUCUCUUCAGAACCAGGUCCGGAUGGUCUGCAAGCUGUCUCAUUCUGGUGAUCAAAGUGAAAAUAUUGGCAUAAUUGUUAAGAACAACACCCUGAGCCACAUAGUCGUUGAAUUGACGUUUCGAGUCAGAGUACAGCGACUGAUAAAGGUCUUUCUCCUCCGGGUUGAAGAAAUCACGACGGAUCUCCACAAUCUUUGGUGGCAGUCCCAGAUCGUCGGCUCUCUCGACCUUGGUUCUUCUAAGCAUGAUCUGGCGCAAUAG